UGUUGACCUAGCAUGUUAAACACAGUUAGCCGAGGCACCGCGGGGGGUGUAGCGGGGUUGUGAUGCUACAGGAGCUGCAUGAUAUCGCUCGUCCUUAUCGUUGUUACAACCUGUUCCGGGCAGAUGCGGGCAAUUGGGUUUAUUAGGUUGCGUGGUGCUGACGGAGCUCCGCCGACAUGAUGCAACACCAGAGCCAGCGUAAGCCCCGCCGCUGGUAGCCGGUGAGUUUAUUUAACUUCAUCCUCUGAAUGGGGGACCGUUAGCCGAGCGGUUCAGUAACACGGGAAGCGCGUGUGUUGAACGUGUACGCUGCUAGCUAACAUCCUGGAGAUGAUGCUCCAGGACGGAUCCACGCACCUCCUCUGCCUCACAGCCAGCAGCGGGGUCCCCCUCUUCACGCGGGGAGCCCCCAGACAGCUGCCCUUCCCCGUCAUCGGCUCCCUGAACGGCGUCCACAUGUUCGGGGGCGGCCAGGGGGUCGUGUUGUCCUCCUGCGAGACCGAGGGCGGGGGGAAGGUGGUGUGGAGGGUGUUCCGGGACAGCGUGAUGCUCAUCGCGGUGAGUGGCGGCGGCAGCAGCAGCAAAGAGGAGGAGGCUCGUCUGCAACGCCUCCUGGAGGAUGUGUGGAGCUGCAUGGUGCUGGUGCUGGGCCAGGACGAGCUGACCAACAUGAGGAACGUGGAGAGGCUGAAGAGGGACCUGCGCUCCUGCUUCAGCCUCAUCGACCAGCUGCUGGAGGAGAGACAACAGGGCAUCCUGGGUAACCUGACACACUGCGCGGACUCACUCCUGCCUCCCAACCCUGCUCUUCUUCAACAGGCAGUGGACGGCUUCGCUCAGGCCGCAGACAGUGAGUUUGGAUGCCUCCUCGUCCACGGGCGGAUAGCUGCAGCCACGGAGAAGUGGUGGCGCCUGGCUCCACAGGAAGUCGUGCUGCUCUCCGCUGUGAUCCGGUCCCUCUCGGCCUCUGGAUCCGCUUCCUGUGAUUACCCGGUGUUCCUUCCCCACGGCAGCCCCACCGUGGCUCACCGCCUGCUCCGCUUCCAGCUGCUUCCAGGGGUAGACGUUUGUGUGCUGUGUGGUCCCACUCCUUCCUUGCACAGAGCCGAGAGUGAGCUGGUGGGUCUUUUCUGGUCGCCACUGGUGGAGGCCCUGAGAGACUGCCUGGCUGUAGGAAAGCGCUGCAUGCCAACAUCUGUGUCCCUGCGCCCUGAUGUGCUGGCACUUCUCCUCAUCAACCGUGACACACGGCGGUCUGUCUCCUGUGUGCGGACUCAUCCUCUGCCCAGUGACCCUCCUUUACCCUCAGAGGCCCGCUGCUGGGAGCUGCUGAAGCUGCUCUACAUCUUCAGCAGCACACGCUACUUCAGCCAGGAGGAGGCCUCGUGUGACUCCCCAGAGGAGAGGUCUCAGAGAGGGAACACUGAAGACUUUGUCCUUGGAUUCUCACACCAGCCACUACAAUGCUACUCGGUCACAGACGAAUGUAAAAGCUACGGACUUCAGACAGCACAGCACCAGCUCUUUCUGCUUAUGCCACUGUCAGUCCCCACCUUUGCACUGCGCUCCGUGGCCACACAGACUCUCUCUGACAUAGUUGCAGCCACUGGGUUUUAAGUGAAAAGUUUACGCUGCUAUAACACCUCACUUCUUGGUAAAUCUCAUACCCUUUGACCUAAUAAUGUAUCAAUGAAUGGGUGGACAGCCUUUCAAGUGUGAUUUGUAUUCUUUAUUGUUACUGAUGACUGCAAACAUAUAAAAUUACACGAUGACAACCAGAUCUUUAGUAGAGGCAGAUAAAUACCUUCUAUGUGUUCAUCUUUUAUAAAGACAGUGAUUGACAGACAGGCAUACCGGGCAUGUUCGAUACGAUACGGUUAUAUCUUUAAAAUAACAGUGUGCAACUUUUUAACCUAAAAAUAGCAGCUACACAAUAAAUGGAUUGGUCACUGACUUAGAAGAGGGAGAAUGGUGCUGCUAUCGUUUCAGGGAGUUGGGUUAUUCCCUCAAAGCUCCAGGCUUGGGGAGUGUUCUCUACAUGGAACCCCAAUAUUACUUGUGUGCCUGCAGAGGGCCCUGUUGCUCAGUAAAACCCCAAAGUAAAACGUCACACAGUGUCCUUACAGCUUUGUUUGGCAUGUAAGUGAUUCCUGUUCCCCAUUUAUGUUUAGCUUGGCUUCAGGGCUGUUGCUACAGGAACGAAACCUGAACAGAUCUCAGUUUCACAUUACGUUUGAUUGCUGCUACUGAAUACGAAUGUUACCUCUAGGAUUUCACUUCACCUCAAAGUGUAUUAGAGAAAUAUGUGACUAUGUUCCACGGGGAUAAAAUGUGCCUGCUGUCUGUUGUUUGAACAUUUUGAAUUGUUUGGCUCGACAUAAUAGUAUAUAUUUGUCUUUAUUAGUUCCUAUAUACAUAUAUACAUAUAUUUAUAUAUUUGCUUGAUUACUUUCUAUGGGUCUUUAUAUCAUUAAGGGAUUUAAUCCCAUUUUCUUAUCAAUGAUGAGAUAAUUACAAUGUUUGCACUCAAUGUUUCAUUGCAAAACUCAAAUGUGCAACUUCAAAUAAGACAUAUAAACCAUUUGCCAAUGAAGCUUCAUCAGCUCAGUGGUUAUAAUAUAAAAUUUCAAUAAAACUGACACUUAUA